ACAACAUAUUCUUUUUUCUCUGUCAAAAGAGAAGCGUCUGAAAAGAGACAUACUGCCCAUUCACGCAGGUAAGCAUCCCGAUGCCCGGCCAAGCUCCGUUCAACCCCACACUAGCGAGUGAGCGAACGCCCAGCAAAUCUACCCCGCCACAGUUUCACGCCUCAGCAGGAUCAUCAACACUUCCUUUGGCCCUUUCUUACCAACUCAUCAACUUUGGAAUCCUCUCUGAUAAUUCAUCCUUCUCAACUCCUAGAAAUAAACUCAUAAGAUACUCGAUCACCACAAAUCCGCAAAGAUGGGUAUUAAGGCUGUUGUCGCUGGUGCCUCUGGUGGUAUCGGACAGCCAUUGUCCCUCCUCCUUAAGACCUCUCCCCUCAUCUCCGAACUGGCAUUGUACGAUGUCGUCAAUACACCAGGUGUCGCAGCCGAUCUUUCACACAUUUCUUCCCCAGCUAAAAUCACCGGCUACCUGCCAAAGGAUGACGGAGCCAAGCUGGCCAUGAAGGAUGCAGAUAUCGUUGUUAUUCCUGCUGGAAUUCCUCGCAAGCCAGGAAUGACUCGUGAUGACCUCUUCAACAUUAACGCUGGCAUCGUCAAGGGCCUUAUCGAAGUUAUUGCUGAGGUUGCACCAAAAGCCUACAUCCUGAUCAUCUCAAACCCUGUUAACUCGACUGUCCCAAUCGCCGCUGAGGUUUUGAAGGCCAAGGGAGUCUUUGAUCCCAAGCGUCUCUUCGGUGUCACAACCCUCGAUGUUGUCCGUGCCGAAACCUUCGUUGCUGAGAUCAUUGGCGAGAAGAACCCACAAAGUUUGACCAUUCCAGUCAUUGGAGGCCACUCUGGAGAGACCAUCGUACCUCUUUUCAGCCAAGCCAAGCCAUCUGUUGACAUUCCAGCCGACAAGAUGCCAGCGUUGGUUAAGCGUGUUCAAUUUGGUGGUGACGAAGUUGUCGCUGCCAAGGAUGGAGCUGGAUCUGCCACUCUUUCAAUGGCAUAUGCUGGUUUCAGAUUUGCUGAGGCAGUCCUGAAGGGCCUCAACGGCGAGAAGAAUAUUGUCGAGCCAUCGUUCGUCUACCUGCCAGGUGUUUCGGGCGGCGAGGCCAUCCACAAGGAGACUGGCUGCGAUUUCUUCUCUGUUCCCGUUGAGCUUGGUACAAGCGGUGUUGAGAAGGUCUUCAACCCACUCACAAAUAUCAACGAUGCUGAGAAGACCCUCCUUAAGGCUUGUGUAGAAGGCUUGAAGGGCAACAUUGCAAAGGGUGUCAGCUUCGCCCAUAACCCACCACAAAAGUAGUCCUCCCGUCCAAUUCUCCUUUCUCUUGGUUUUCCUCCACUAUAGAGGUAGAACAAAAGGCUACUUUUCGUUCAAGAUGCUAUAUCGAGAACUUUCAUUUGUCAUCUCAAGCUAGAAUGGUGAAAGAAGAACAAGGUCUGGCUCUUCUUUGGUAAGAAUCCCUUGACUGAUCGUUGGCGCUUGCUUAGAUAGGCUGUGAUGGCUUUCCUUCGAUGUUCCGACUUGGGCGAGAGGAUGGUUUUCUGUUCCUUCUCUUCUUUCAUUCGUGCUUUUCGAGCGUCGGUCUUGAACUGGAUGAUUGGUGGAGGACUGCGAGGGAAGGAGGAAACGGAUCGGUUUGAUGGCUUUUAGAACACGCUGAGGUUCCGUCUGGUGCCACGGAAUGAAUUUGACGAAUACAAAAGUACAUAUUGAUUUGAGGUGUCCCCUCGAAAUGAUUUGCGUUCCGAA